ACUUCAAGAGGAAAAAAAAAAAAAAAAAAAGCAGCAGCAGCAGACUACAGCAGACGGACGAAUUUCACCAAGAUGUACCUGGUCAUUGAUGUAAACAGCCGUCUAUUUUGAUUUUGGGAGAAGAGCACUCUGUCAUCAUUGACAUUUGGUGUUGAAUUGGAUCCUAUAACAAGGGCCGUGAGGUCUAUUUCUGUGACAUAUCGUGUGUAAGAUGUCUGAGCUACAAGACUUUUGUUUGAGAUGGUCAAGUUACUCUCAACAAUUGAGCGAAGCUUUGAGAACUCUUCUUGAUCGAGAACUGCUUGUUGAUGUGACUCUGGCCUGUGAUGGGCGAUCAUUACGUGCCCACCGGGCUGUUCUUUCAGCCUGCUCCACAUAUUUCCAGGAGCUUUUUCAAGAAAGCAGCCACCCACAUCCUAUAGUUAUUUUGAAAGACGUGAGAUACCAGGAAUUAGAAGCUUUGGUCAAAUUCAUGUAUCAUGGUGAAGUGACUGUGAACAAUGAUAUACUGCCAGGCUUUCUACGAACUGCUGAAACACUUCAUAUUCGAGGAUUGACUGACAGUGCCCUAUCCAGUAACACCUCAACAAUAAGUCCCUUAAAGCAGAUUGCAAACGGUAACAGACGGUCUCUGGAUGAAGAUGGGAAUGCAGUUGAUCAUGAUCCAACUUCAUCAAUCAACAGAAUUUCACCUGUAAAUGUGAAACGCAUCAAAACAGAACAGCAGAACACUUCACAAUACCAACACUCUGUAAGACAUCUGCCACAUCAAGAUCUUGACGGAAGUAUUGGAAAUGAAGGUAGUGCCGAUGAAGGAACUGUUCCUGACCAAGACUGUUCAAUUAGAUCAGAAGAUCUCUCACAUAUUCAUUCAGAGCAAUAUGCAGUACAGAGAACAAUUACAUCUUUGGAUGGGCUUAGUCAGCUUGUGAUGCCAGUCAUGCAGGAUGAUUCUUCUCACAGUCCUACUUAUGGUGGAGUUUGCGCCAACAUUCAAAAUCAACACCAUCCUCAGAUACCUCAAGCACCAUCGCUCCAGCAUCAAAUAACACAUGCUAGCAACAAUGCUGGAUCAGCAGGGGGUGGCAGUACAAGUCGACCAUAUCGACAUAGGGUACUGUACAACCAGGAUCAACUCCUGCAAUUGGAAGCUUGGUAUCGUCAAGAUAGGUAUCCCAGUGGAGCCCUGAUGCGUGAGUAUGCAGACACUUUAGCUGCAAUGGUACCUAACACGCCAGGGAGUAUUGGUGCACACCCUAUGAGGCAAAAUGUUGAUUACUGGUUCCAAAAUAGAAGACGCAAGGACUUCCAUCCAGAGGUCAUGCAACAGCGAGAGAAAAAGAAGUUAGCUAAAACACUUUGGGGAAACUACAAUGGAAUCCCAGCACCUGGUGCAAACUUAGGAGAAGCUUCAAACAGUUCACACCAUGAUGAUUUACCCAGCACAAGGUGAUGUGGCAUCACACCUAAAUGACAUUUUUAUCUUGUGACUCUGUAAAAUGUGAUCAAUGCGGAUCAAUGUCAUUUAUGUUUUCACUUUAUUUCUAAACUUGUCUGUUCUGUGUAAUUAUUUUUACCAAAGACUUGCUUUUUCCUCACAUUAUCCAAUCUGCAAAUGGUUGAAAGAAUUGUGCCAUUUAUUAAUUGUUUAGACUCCUGUGUACCUGUCCGUUUCCUUGGAUCUAGUAUCAGAGUAUGAUAGUUUCCUCACAAUUUAUGUACCUGCCAAAUUUAUUAGGGCAGAAACUGUGAAUCAGCUUUUUUCAUGUUUAAUUUCUUCUUAUUCAGAAAAUUUGUUUGGAUUGUGUUGGUCUGUUCAGAAAAUAAGGUUUUGGAAUUAUGUUAUUGUAGUAUUGUAGUAUAAUGAUAUUCCUUUGAGUUGUAUUUUGCAUUAAUAUUUGGCUUUCAUUGUUUGUAAAUACAACAUUGUAAUUAGUUUUUAUAAUGGUUUCUUUACCUUGAUUUUUGUGCUGUAUUGAAACUACUCAUCUAGAGAGAUUGUAAUUUUUUUUUACACUUGUCAUUUUUUUCUUCUUUUUUAAACUGUUGUUUUGGUGUUAUUUGUUAUUGCAUUUAUAAGAUCUAGUCUUCAAUAAAUAUAGACUAUGGAAAUCAUGGAAAAAUAUUUUCAUGAACUACUGUCAGUACAUCUUUUUAA